CAUUUCUCUUUCUUCAAUUUCUCCUCAACCAACUCAUCAACUUGACGAAUCAAAAACGUUUUCAUCCUCUUUAACGUCAACCAACUUAACAACUUAUCAAUCUUCACUCUCGGACGACCCUUCCAAGAUAUAAUUCAAUCAAUUUCGAACAACAUGAACAACCCAAUGUCACCAAUGUUCUUAACCAACCCAAUUUUACACAUCACCGGUAUUCUACCAGCAGUACCAGAUAGCGAUCUCAUUGAUGCCUUACAAGAGUGUCUCAGGGCUAGGCUUCGGAUCAAUCGAGAUGGAAGCAAGUGGGAUGAGACUACCGGUGUAGUAGAGUUUGAGAAACUCGAGAAUGCUGAAAAGGCUUACGCUACCUUACAAAAUUACUACUUUCCCGAGUUCAAAUGUACCAUGAAGUUAUCUCAUUCAGCUGACCCUACAGCCGAUCCAAAACCAUCCGCUAAAAUCCGUUUAGUCAAGUUCUUACCACCUAAUAUCACCCCUGGACAACUAUUUUCCCUUUUUCGACCUUUCGGACCAAUCUAUCGUGUCGCUUUAAAUUACAUACGCACUGAGAGCGAUCAACCUGUCUUUUCUGGUACGGCUCUCAUCGAGUACUACGACGAAAACCAGGCUUCUUUGGCUCAAAUCGAGAUGCAUUGCAGUGAGGUACAAAAUCAUACGAUUGCAGUAGAACAGUACGACGAUAAGAGGGAUCGGAAUGGGCGAGCUACUGCUUCGAUGAACAUUUCACCUUCUGGUCUUGCAUCUCAGUGGGCACAAGCCACUCCGUUCAUACCUGUCUCCGGUGCUUCUGAUAGCAACGCAAACGUGUCAAGAUGGGCCAGCGAUCAGACUCAGGCUCAACCUUAUCACCAUCAUCAACAUCCUCUUUCACCUCUCAAUGAAUCCUCACGAUCGGCUGUAUCAAAUUGGACCUUGUCACCUCAAACUCCUCUGAAUGGCGCACAUCUCAAUCGAGCACCUUCUCAGAGCACCACAAAACAUAUCGAUCCUUGUAACCUCUUUAUCAAAGGUUUAGGUGCUGAUGUCGAUUCAGGCGAUCUAUUUCAUGCUUUCAAGAAGUUUGGUACUAUUGUCUCUGCUCGGGUCAUGAAGAAUGAAGUGACAGGAAUUAGCAGACAGUUUGGUUUUGUGAGCUUUUCUACCGAAGCUGAAACUUCAGCUGCAUUAGAGGCCAUGGAUGGUGCUCAGAUUGGAUCAACCACGAACAAGAUUGUGGUGCGGCUACAUGAGUUGAAGAAGCACAAAGAAGGUAGGACUAAAACCGUGAAAUCGCCCAGGAGUCCGAACGAGAAUAGCCAACACGCUGGAUUCAUGUCAAUGCAUGGUGCGACAUCUCCUAGACUUAGUCGAGCAGGUAGCAUGGAUGCCCGUACAGAUAUUCAAAUGGCGGAGGUUAUGGCUGGUAAUAGUAUGGAGCUGAAUCGAUUGCAGUCAGACAGCCCAGCUAUUGCGCCUUCCAUGCGGUCCGAAAGCCGAUUUCCCCUAUCGCCUCCGACAGUUCAAUUAUCUUAUGCCUUAUUAUCAGGAAACACUCCUUCCAGCCGCCAUUCUCCCACCCCUUCCAACGUUUCUCUAACACCUUUAUCAGAACGCGAAAGGAUGCUCACAGCCGUCCUGAAACUCAAUAAUCCUACCAUUGGACAAAGAUUAGAUGAACUAGUCGAUCUCUUGAUGGGUCUACCUGCCAAAGAGAGAAAACUUUGUUUAUUCAAUCCUCAAGUCUUAGCUACCAAGGUCUGUGAAGCUAAAGAAAUCAUGGAUACCCCCGAUGAAGUGAUGGAGAUAGUAAACGCAUCAAGUGCAGCUUUACCUGUACCAUCACCUGCUGUACCUGUGACGACAAACUUGGAUGCUUCUAAUACUUCUCAAGCUGCCUCAUUACCUACACCCGCACAGACCCCAUCAAGACCCUCGUCAGCUACUCGUGUCAACUCGGAACAAGCGCCUGCGCCGACUACACAAGAACCCACUAUAGCCGCCUCAUCAACACCGGCACUUUAUCUUACAACUAAGGAUCUAGCUAAACUUCCUUCAAAAGAAAUUGUAGAUCUCAUCUUUACUUCAUCACCUCUGAUCCAAGCGGAUAUCAUGCCAAGUUUUGAUCAAAAAGUCAAAGAAGAAACAGAUGAAUGGAUGGAUAAGUUGAUGACUUCCACAAUUCAUCAACAAAAGCAAAAAUUAGGUGAAAAGGUCUUUAAAGCCUUGAGAACAUUUGGGAUCAAAGGAUGUCCAAAACUUACAGUUGAUUUACUUGAUUCUGAAGAUUUAAGAUCUUUGGCUCAUUUAAUGAACUCAUUCUCAGAUAUUCUAAAACAAAAGGUUUUAAUCAAAGCUACAUAA